AGACGGAGGUAUAUAAGGUGGUGGACGCUUUGAGCUGGCAUUAGACUCUACCAUGAAGCUUUUGAUAUACUGCUGCUUGUUGGCGGCUGCUGCAAACGCCGCCCCUCAAGGGUACAAUGUGGCCACACCCUCUGGUCCACGGUUCUCUUCUGGCUCUGGGUUCUCCGGUGGCUCUUUUGGCGGUGGGUUCUCAUCGGGUGGCUCUGGCUUCUCAGGUGGCUCAUCGUUUGGUUCGAGUUUCUCUUCAGGAAGUUCAGGGUUCUCUGGUGGCUCUGGCUCUUAUGGAGGUGGGGGAGGUGGGGGCAGCUGUGGUCCUGGACAGGUCCGUCAUGUGGACGGCAGCUGUGUGACUCCUCAGGUCACUCGCAACUUGUAUGUGUACACCGUCCCUCCAGCAGCUCCAGUAGUGGGCCCACGACCAAACGUUCCUCCACCAAGAGUUGAACACAAUGUUAUCUUCAUUCGCACCCCAGAGAACGGCCCUGGCCAGGAACCCAUUGUCGUGCCACCACCACAAACAAGGAACGUCGUGUACGUCCUCAACAAGCGACCUGAAGGAGACCAGCAGGUCAUCCACGUACCAGCACCAGAACAAGAGACUCCUGAGGUGUUCUUCAUCAACUACGGUGAGGGAGACAACCCAACUCUGCCCACCGGCGAGGACCUCCAGUCUGCCCUCAACUCUGCUACCCAGGGUGGCGGCAAUGUCAUUGGUAGCACCGGAGGCGGUAUUGGCGGUGGGGUGGUAUCAUUGGUGGUGGUAGCAGGCGGCGGCGGCAUGGCAUCAUUGGUGGUGGAGUCGGCGGCGGCGGCGUUUCUUGGAGAUGGAAGAAAAUGCCUCAAGACGCCAAAACUCAAAGUUUUGAAAUGA